UGACACAAUGGACUCGGGGAACAGAGGAAGAAUCCACUGCAACAUGAGACUCACCUGCUCUCUGCUAAUCAUGGGAGCAUUCUGUGUAACACCUUUCCUCUGCCAUAGCCAAAUUGAUCCACUAGCUCUUGGGCGAGCAGACCCCCAGUGUUGGGAAUCCUCCUCAGCUGUCUUACUGGAGAUGAGGAGGCCUCGCAUUUCUGACUCUGUCAGUGGCUUUUGGGACUUCAUGAUCUUCCUGAAAUCAUCAGAGAACUUGAAACAUGGGGCUCUGUUUUGGGACCUGGCUCAGCUCUUCUGGGAUAUCUAUGUGGACUGCGUGCUCUCCAGAACCCAUGGCCUAGGGAGAAGACAGCUAGCAGAAGCUGAACAGAAGAUCGCUACUCUACGUUCUCAGUUCACAGGGAGAAACCAAGGGAUAUUUUCUCAUAUUCAGAGGUCGCCAGUUCUGAAGAAGAAAGACUCAUUUGAAGAUUUAAUAAGUAUCCACAUGCAUAAGAGUAGAUCUACAUUACUUGGAAGAAUCAUUGGAGAGCUAGGGAAAAAGAGUAAAUGACACGUUCAGUCCAAGAUCUUGAUUUGUAGAUGUUUUUUAACUACUUCUCUUUAAUUUUGCAUUUUAUUCCUCAUUGAUGUUAAUUUACAUUGUGGAAGAAGGCGUAUAACUAUGAGCACUGUAUCUCUCAUUAACUUGGAGUUGUGGGUUUUUUUAAUUACCUAUGAAUUCAGUCUCCUUAAUAAACUGCAUGAUUUAUAAGCA